CCCCUCCCGACGUCGAGCUCCGGAUUCACGUUGAACGCAUUAGGAGUCGCCGGUUUCUUUGGUGGCGACAGUGCUGUCAACGGGAUGGCUACCGCGAACCUUGUCCCGUACCGCCGCUGGUUUGGCUGGUACAAUACUCCAGGCAGUUAUGAGAUCGCGAAGAAGUUCGGCCCCCUCGCUGACUGGGCGAUGAGCGAUGGACUCUUCCCC